AUGGCAGAGGUCUGGGAAAGAUCACUCUCGCCGGAGCGAAUAGCCUAUCUGGCACAAUCCCGGAUUCCGGAGAUCAUCUUCUGCAAUACAGCGCUCCUCGUUAUCGCGACCGCGGGGCUCCUAGUGCGUCUUUUCGUCCGUAUCCGAUAUCUCACGGGGAUCAAUUUCGACGAUUUACUAUGUGUGACUAGUUGGGUUUUUACGUUCGUUCUCUGCCUUGCUUGUAUGUUGAUGACGAAAUAUGGGUUCGGCAAGCACAUUGGCACAGUACAAAGUUUCAGCGACAGGGCCAUGUUCCUUAAGCUCGACUUUGUCACCAUGCUCGCCUACGUCCUCGCCCUCGGCACAAUCAAGAUCUCCUUUUGCCUGCUCUACCUACACAUAUUCCCGGGGAAGAAAUUUCGUAUGGCAUGCUGGUUGUUGUUAGCCAUUCUAGUCGCCGAAACAAUUGAAGAAGUCCUUGUUGUGAUCUUCCAAUGUAGGCCCGUUCACAAGGCGUGGGAUGCCACCGGCCUCGUGGAAGGCGACUGUGUGGACAUGACGCUCUUUUACUACGCCAAUUUUGGCAUUAAAUUAGCCACGGACGUGGCCCUCUUUGCAAUGCCUAUCCCCAAGCUAAUGCGGCUGAAGAUGGCGAUGGGCAAACGAGUCGGCUUGGUGGUCAUGUUCAGUCUGGGUCUCCUUGUGUGCGUGACUAGUAUCAUCCGAGUCACCUAUUUCAACCCCUUCUCUGAGGACCACACAUGGGUGUUGGUCGACGCAAUGAACUGGUCUUGCGUGGAAGUCGCGGUCGCCAUUUUUAUUGCGUGCAUACCGUCCUUCAAAACCUUUAUCGGCUACCGCUUCCCGAAGUUACAGCGCCUUCUCGGUCUCGCCAGCAAGGAUGACACCAUUGGUCCGUCGAAGAUGUACGGCAGUUCGACCCGCCGGACAUACAAUGGGCUGUCGACUGGGGGGCGUAAUAGUAUUAAGCUGAAACCGGUGAUAGGACACAGCACGGCUGAUGUGGAAACCAGCCACAAUGGGUCACAGGAACGUAUCAUUCAUGCAGGUAUUCAGGUCACUACCGAUGUUAGCGUCAAGGAGAGCGUUUGA